AUGGUCUGUAAGAUCGAUCGCGUCUUGGCUGGUCGAGCUACGAAUACCACCGGCAUGUCUCUACACGGUUCCCCUUCUGAUAGCGCCAUAUCGGCGACGACAUAUACUACAGAGUCGAUAACCCAACGCGUUGAGACGACCACCGAUGUAACAACAAAAGCAGAAGGACCAGCCAGAGCUGGAGUCCCUCCAGGUUCUUCGAACCCACCCCAGAAUCAGUCCACCUUGAGAGUUGUCUGUCUCAUAGUCUCAAGCUUUGUCGCCAUGUUCCUAGUUGCGCUAGACAGAACAAUUAUCUCGACGGCCAUACCCAAAAUCACCGAUGAGUUCGACUCCUUCGAUGAUGUUGGCUGGUACGGAAGCGCCUACUUGUUGACAUGUUGCGCAUUCCAACUAUUGUUUGGCAAGCUGUACAAGCUCUUUUCGGUCAGACUCGUCUUCCUUGCCAGUAUCCUAGUGUUUGAGGUUGCUUCUGCUAUCUGCGGGGAGCUCCGAACUCAGUGGCCUUCAAAAUCGGAAGAGCGAUUUGUGGAGUGGGCGCUGCUGGAAUUCUCGCUGGAACUGUAUAUAAUGUGUAUCAUCCAUUCCGUGCCUCUCCAGAAACGUCCACAAAUCCAAGGUCUGUUCGGCGCCCUUUUCGGCAUUGCCUCUAUUGUGGGUCCCUUGAUUGGUGGUGCCUUCACAUCAAACGCGACAUGGAGAUGGUGCUUUUAUGUCAAUAUACCAAUUGGCGGUGCCGCCAUGGUCUUCAUUGCCUUCUGCCUCAAGGUGCCCAAGCCACAUAUAGCAAAAGUUACCUGGGGUGAGAAGCUACUACAGUUAGAUUUCUUCGGCACUAUAAUGCUAGUAUCAGGUGUGAUCUGUCUCAUAUUGGCACUCCAGUGGGGAGGCCAGCGGUAUGCUUGGAGCAGUGGCCGCAUUGUGGCUUGCCUGGUUCUCAUGAGCGCCCUACUUCUUUCUUUUGUCGCCAUCCAGGUCUUCAUCCCAAAGACAGCGACCAUUCCAGUGCGCAUCCUUUCUCAGCGCAGCAUUAUUUCAGCCUUUUGGCAGACAGUCUGUGUUGGUUCUGGCAAUUAUAUCUUUGUGUACUUUCUUCCAAUAUGGUUUCAAUCUAUCAAGGGCAAUUCCGCCGUAGAAUCCGGCAUCCGCCUACUACCGAUGAUGCUGUCAAUGGUCGUCGGCUCAAUCGGUGGGGGAAUCACAAACUCCAAGAUCGGAUACUACACACCACUAGCGAUCAUCGGGUCAUGCAUCAUGUCCGUUGGAGCCGGUCUUCUCGCCACGUUUCAGGUGGACACUAGCGAAGGAAAGUCGAUCGGUUAUCAGAUUGUCUACGGGAUCGGUCUUGGCUUAUGUUUCCAAAUCCCUAACCUUGCCGCGCAGACCGUCCUUCCCAAGCCCGACGUGCCAUUCGGGCUGGCACUGAUGCUGUUCGGCCAGUUGAUCGGGGCAGCUGUCUUUGUCUCCGUCGGAGAGAAUGUUCUGGCUAACCAACUGGUAAAAAGGCUUGCUGGGCUACCGGGGUUCAACUCUCAUAUUAUCACCUCUGGGGGUAUCACGGAGCUUCUGAAUACAGUGCCAGCCGAUCUGCAUGACAAGGUCCUCCAUUCUUACAAUGAAGCGCUGCGGCGGGUGUUUCAGGUCGGUUUAAUCAUUUCAUGUCUGACACUACUCGGUGCGGCUACUUUAGAGUGGAAAAGUAUCAAGAAGGGACAGCCAAAGUCUGACACUGAGAGCAGGGGGCCAGCUGGGGGGAGAAGAGUGUAG